UAAAAACCAGCACAUCCAGGAAGAGGCUGCUGCUGCUGCUGCGAGCCUGAACCCCGCUACAAAAACACGCACGGAGACAGAACCCGGACCAAACCGCAGCAGGUAUGGCAGAUUUGGCAAAUCUGGUGCAGCGGUUGGAGGUGGCAGUGGGCCGUCUGGAGGGCAUGUCCGGCCCGAGUGGCAGCUCUGGACCGGCGGGAGCUGUUUCUGCAUUUGUUGAGGCCUUCGACGAGAUCGUCCGUGGUCCCGUGGCUCAGUACCUCUCACUCAGCCAGAAGAUCGGCGGUGAUGUCCAGAAACAUGCAAUGAUGAUGCAGCAGGCGGUGACCAGUCAGAGGCAGCUGUUGGUCACGGCCUCCACCUCCCAGAAGCCCUCUGACGCGGUUCUGACGACUCUGAUGCAGCCCGUCUCCAGGGCCAUCCAGCAGGUCCAGGCCUUCCGCGAGCAGAACCGGACCUCCCCGCUCUUCAACCACCUGUCUGCCGUCAGCGAGAGCGUCCCCGCCCUGGGAUGGGUUGCCAUGGCGCCGAAGCCGGGUCCCUACGUCAAAGAGAUGCAGGAUGCCGCCAUGUUCUACACCAACCGCGUGCUCAAGGACUACAAGGAGAAGGACAAGAUGCACGUGGACUGGGUGAGGGCCUACGUCUCCAUCUGGACCGGGCUGCAGGACUACAUCAAGAAGCACCACACCACCGGCCUGACCUGGAGCAAAUCUGGUCCCAUUGCGUCGGCCUCUGCAGCCCCGUCCAGCGGUCCUGUCGGCCCCCCCGCCCCCCCUCCCCCAGGACCUCCUCCUCCACCCAUGGACCUGAGCGCCGGCAGCGGGGGAGAUUCUGGCCCCGACACCAGGAACGCCCUGUUCGCCUCCAUCAACAAGGGCGCUGACAUCACCAAAGUCCUGAAGCACGUCAGCGACGACCAGAAGACCCACAAGAACCCAAAUCUGAGGACUCAGGGAAGUGGAGUGCGUACUGGACCCAAACCCUUCUCCUCCUCGGCCCCCCGACCCGCCGCCUCAGCCACCCCGACCCGCAUGCUGCCCCCGGUGCUGGAGCUGGACGGGAAGAAGUGGAAAGUGGAGAACCAUGAGGGGGCGCAGGACCUGGUGAUCAGCGACACGGAGCUGAAGCAGGUGGUUUACGCCUACAAGUGCAACAAAAGCACGUUGCAGGUGAAGGGGAAGAUCAACUCCAUCACCCUGGACAACUGUAAGAAGAUGGGCCUGGUGUUUGACGACGUGGUGGGGAUCGUGGAGGUCAUCAACUGCAGGGACGUCAAGGUCCAGGUCAUGGGGAAGGUCCCCACCAUCUCCAUCAACAAGACGGACGGCUGCCACGUCUACCUGAGCAACGACUCCCUGAAAUGCGAGAUCAUCAGCGCCAAGAGCUCCGAGAUGAACAUCCUGGUCCCCAACAAGGACGGAGAGUUUACGGAGCUUCCUGUUCCGGAGCAGUUCAAGACCGUCUGGAAUGGUCACAAGCUGGUUACCACGGCGACAGAGAUCGCUGGGUAGAUCCUCUACUCCGACACGCCACCGCCACCCACCCCCCGCCCUGACCCCCCCCAGCUAACAGCCACACUGUAGACUGAGAGCUCAUGACUUAACCCCUCCUCAGCCAAUCACGCUGCAGCUGUUCCCUUCAUCAGCCAAUGAGAGGGCUGCUCACCGUCGGCAGCAGCUCCUCCAGCCAAUCAGCAGCCAGCAGCUCGUCAUGUAAUCAUGGGCACUUUUCACGAGCGUCAACGCAGCAGCUCGAAGCAGUUUCAUAUUGUUUGUCAGAAAAAAUCAGAAAUAAACGGUAGAUUAGACCCCAUUCAGCCCCCCUUCCCCCUUGUUUACAUGCACUUAAAGUCUUCAGAACGUCAUAUCACCUCCACUGAGGAGUCCAACAUCAACUUCUGACGGUUCCAACUCGGCUCGAACAAAUAAAACUCCCGGUUUUCUCUCCCAUUCCACACGCUGGACAUUCCCGAGUGUUAGAAACAUUCCAAGUCAGACAGGUAGACGUCUGUAGGAGGCUGAAGGCUGCACCUUCAUCCCCGGAGCCUGCAGGGGAAACACCGCCGGCUACUGACUUCUUUCAUUCGUCUCCUUUUCUUUCACAUUUUUAUUUUAUUUUUUUUGGCUCCAGAAUCAAAUGUGCUCAUCAGUACUGAGACAUCAUUAAACUGUUGCAAUAAUGUC